AUGGCCCAACUCCGCGUCGUGAACUAUGCGGAACCAUCCGCCUUCUUGGAGGCGAUGGAGCAAUACGAUAACAGCUUCAUGAACUCUAUCCUCGGUAACCUCCACGAUGUCAUACGGAACCUGGCAGAAUCUGUAGAACCAAGCACCAUGAGUUUGUGCGCAAUAUACCUGGAGGACAAUCUUGUGAUCAGCCUCGCGAAGCCUUCUGCGACUGCUGCUUGGUUGUUGUGCACGCCAUGGAACGAGGGGGAGAUGCCCGUCGCGGAUGUCCUCGACGCCGUUCAACUCCUCUGCAACUCCCUUCUCUCCCGCGCCGACUCACCUUUACUAGGCCAUGUCAUUGCACCUGACAAUGUAGGAGUGCUCCGGGCACUCAACUUCGCGUCGUCGAUCGAGGACCGCCCGUCAAACCACUACCGAAGACGGUACUAUCUGGGAGCCCAUCCCAGCGGCCUGGAAGGUGUCGUUGGAGCUUCCUCAGCAGGGACGAAGGAAGAAGUCAACCUGAACGUACAUGAUCCGAGUGUCGAAAAGAUUUACAAGAGAGUGGGGUUCUUGUCCCCGGACACGACGGAAGGCAUGGAGUAG